CCAACGCCCUCCCCAUGACAAUCGACAGGGAGAACAGUUUCUACAAAUGUGUGAUUGACACAGACGAUGCAACCCUGGAUUCGGGAAAGGUCUUCGAAUGGGCCCAUGAGGGGAACACAGCGGGCCUACAACACCUCAUCAGGAAGCACCCAGAGUGCCUGGCGGCCAAAGAUGACGCUGGCGCCACCCCACUCCACCACGCCACCUCUGGGGGCAGCCUUGAGGUCAUCCGGCUGCUGGUCAGCAAUACCGGACCGGAGGGCCUGAACCUGUGUGAUGGUCAGGGCAACACUCCGCUGCACUGGGCCGUGGACAAGCACAUGGGGGACAGCUGUGCUCUCCUGCUGGACCUGGGCGCUAACCCCAACAUCCUCAACGCAGCCCUCAUGUCCCCUUUACACCUGGCCAUCAGCAAGGGACACAACGACAUGGUGGAGCUCCUGUUGUCCUUCAGCGUCACAGACGCCAACCUGGAGGGAGACCUGGGGAACACGCCCGUCAUGCUGGCCUGCUCCAACAACAACUGCCAGGCCCUGCACAUACUGUUUAAGUAUGGUGCAAAGUUGUGCUCCCAGAAUAAGCUGGGCCACUAUGCUAUCCACGCAGUGACCUUUAAUGGGUCCAAGGAAGCCAUGGAAGUGAUUAUAAAAAAAGGGGAAGAGCUUGGACACAAUGUGGAGACUCACCUAAACUACCUGGACAAAUCCCAGUGCACUCCUCUGCAUCUGGCUGUGCGUGGAGGCAACAUUGAAGUCAUCAAACUCUGCAUUGAGAACGGGGCCAGAGUUAAUCAGCAACAGGCUGACAAAUCCACGGCUCUGCACCUGGCCUGCACUCAGGGCGCCACCGAGGCAGUGAAGCUCAUGCUGGCCUCCUGUCUCCACGGCGACGACAUCAUCAACAUGAGGGACGGGGCCAACCAGACCCCCCUGCACAGAGCGACAAUAUUUGAUCAUGUGGAAUUGGCAGAAUAUCUAAUUUCAAAGGGGGCAGACAUUGACUGCAUUGACUGCAAGGGCCUGUCUCCGCUACUGCUAGCCACAAGCUGUGCAGCGUGGAGGGCAGUGGCCUUUCUACUGUCCAAAGGAGCAAAUAUGAAAAUCAAGGACAAAGAGGGACGGAACUUUCUGCACCUUGCCACUUUCCAGCCCAAAGGACUGAAAUGUAUACCUGAGCACGUCUUACAGACUGCCACCGUGAGGGACCUCCUGUGUGAUGAGGACAACGAGGGGUGCACUCCCCUGCACUACGCCUGCAGACUGGGGAUCCACGACUCCGUUAAGAACAUCCUGGUCCUGCAAGUCUGCCCCAAACGCAAGUCCAAAAACAAGAAAUCAGCCUUUCACUUUGCCGCUGAGUACGGGCGUAUAAACACAUGCCAUAGACUGCUGGAGACAAUCACAGACUCCCAGAUGCUGAACGAGGGCGAUGAGCACGGCCUCACGCCCCUCCACCUGGCCUGCCGUGGGGGACACACCAAAGUGGUGGACCUGCUGCUCAGGAAAGGAGCGCUGUUUCAGAGUGAUUACAAAGACAUGACAUGUUUACAUCACGCUGCUGCCGAAGGCUACACACAGACCAUGAAAAUCCUCCUGGCAGCCAACAUCAAACUACUGGACAAGGCUGAUGAGGAUGGGAACACUGCUCUGCACCUGGCUGCCAGGGAGGGACAUGUUGCCGCGGUGAAGCUUCUGAUGGACAGAGGCGCUGCCUUUCUUCUGAACAACAGCGAUGCCUCUUUCUUCCAUGAAGCAGUGCAUCAUGGGAAAAAGGAAGUGGCAGAUGCCGUCAUUGAAAAUGAAAGACUAAACGAAGCUAUUACAAUAUUUAAGCAUGAUUCUGACCAUCGCUGUGUGGUCAUUGACUUGAUUGAGUUAAUCCCCGAAUCGUUCAAGCAUUUACUGGACCAGUGCAUCAGAGAGUCUGAGCAUGACGCCAACUGCCCUGACUACCACAUACAGUAUAAUUUCCAGUGGCUCCAAGCUCCAGUUCAGUUGAAGAAACAUGCCAAGACUGACAAGAGUUUGAGAGUACUACCUCUGGCUUGUAUGAAUGCCAUGGUGCAGUACCACCGCGUUGAGCUUCUUACCCACCCAGUGUGCAAUAAGUACCUUGAAAUGAAAUGGCUGGCGUACGGGAGUAAAGUUCACCUGCUCAAUCUGGUCAUAUACCUGCUUGGCUUGCUGCCCCUCACCUUCCUCAUCAUCAACCUGAGGCCCACGCAAACCACGGGCCAGAACGGAACAUCUGUUGUGGUCGGCCCCAUUCCCAUCCGCCAGAGCAACUAUCUCAUCACCACCAGCACCAUCAUGGUCAUUGUCAUCAGUUGCUAUGCCGUAUUAAAGCAGAUCUUACAGAUGUCCCAGCAGAAAAUGAAGUACUGCAAAGACCCUUCGAACCCAGCGGAGUGGGCGACCGCCAUCGCCUGUCUGAUGUUCACGAUUCCGAUCAUGUUUGGCGUGGAGGACAACUGGGUUUGGGAAGCCGGAGCAGUGGCCAUCCUGUUAGCCUGGGUCAACUUCCUGCUCUACCUGCAGAGGUUUGAGCACUUUGGGAUUUAUGUGGUGAUGUUUGGUGAGAUCAUCAAAACACUGUUCAGUGUCAUUGUGCUCGUCAUCUUCCUGGUCCUGGCGUUUGGCUUGUCCUUCUACGCUCUCAUGCUCCAUCAGAGUGAGUUUCACUGGUUCGGCCUGUCUCUGGCCCAGACCUUUGUCAUGAUGGUGGGGGAGCUCAACUACCAGACCAACUUCUUCGGGGCCUUCGAGGGCAACCGGCUGGCUUUCCCCCAGAUCACCUACGUGGUCUUCGUCCUCUUCAUCCUCCUCAUGCCCAUCCUGCUCAUGAACCUCAUGAUUGGUUUGGCAGUCGGAGACAUUGCUGAAGUGCAGAGGAACGCCUGUCUGAAGCGGAUCGCCAUGCAGAUUGAUCUUCACACAAACCUGGAGGAGAAGCUUCCAUAUUGGAUCCUUAAGCGAGUGGACAAGUCUUCCAUCACUGUUUAUCCUAACAAGGCCUGCAGAAAUAGGAGCAUAUUCAAGUUCUGGCACUCGAGGGACGUGUCGGCGGUGCGGAGCCGUCUGAACACCGGCGGCAACGAGCUCACACCGGUGGAGACGGAGCUGAGGAAGCAGAAGCUCAGACUAAGGGAGAUCUACAGCGUGCUGGAGAAGCAGCACAGCAUGGUGAAGCUGAUCCUGCAGAAGAUGGAGAUCACGUCGGAGGCGGACGAGUACGACGGGCCGGUCGAUGCCCACAAUGGCCGCAGGGGACGCAUGCAGAGGUCCAAAUGGAUCCCCAUCGUCAAAUCUCUUCAUCUCAAAGCUCACUGAUCGCAUGUAUAGAACUACCUGGUAUGCUGGCGGUCACUAGAGAAGAGACCGGUGGCUACAGAAAGGUUUCAGAGACCUUUUUUUCUGUCUUUUAUUCAGUCUGAGUGUCAGUUGUUUAUCUAGAAGGAUAUAUAUGAGGUGUUUUGUGAACAUUUGUGUGCUACUGCUACAUUUUAACGAUGUCUUUAUUUAGGUCAAUAUAGGUGCCUUUUAAGUUGGAAUGAAGACAGGAUGGUUGAGUAUAUCCUCAAAUUGAAAUUGCAAUUAUGUUUGCUGAGGAGAGAAAUAACAACACGUUUGUGGAGGCCUGGAGUCCUUUUUAGACUAUUAGAAUACAUCACAGUAUCCUAUAGAAUUGAUGUUGUUCAUUUAUGCUCACUUCCUCUGUGAUAGUCUAAUCAUGUUGUACUGGAAAUUAACGUUUGCUAUUUGAAAUUAGUUUAUUUGCAUGCGAUAAUGUGUGUAUGUACCUGUGUUCUACGUGUAAUCACAACAUAGAGUAUAUAGUCUGAAUGUCUGCCUGCCAGUCUGGGAUCAGUCUACAGAGGGAGACAGUAUAUCUCGCCCCAUUUUGCAUUAUGUUGAUGAGGACAUAUUUACGAAAGACAUAAUUGUGAGGUUAUAGUAUAAAGUGUGGUCAUAUAUCUUAUAUUUAAUACUGUGUGUCUAUUUUGUGGUUACU